UUACUUCCUGCUCUGUGGGGCAGAGACCAGCGAAGCCGUGUUGGUGAGGCUGUGAGGAUGGCGGUUCUGCUCUGGCGAUCCGCGUUAAGAACGCCUGCUGCCGAUGAAGAGGUGACGAGUCGAUGAAACUUCAGCAGAGCGAGAGCAGCGCGGCCGCCAUCAUGGAGUUUCUAUCGCUAGACGAUGACAUCUGCAUCCUGAAGCACGAGACGGCAGAUGGCCUGCUGGAGCCGCUGAAGGAGAGCCCGGUGUCCCGCAGCUCGGGGGACGAGUCCAUCGCAUCCCACUUUGCACUGGUGACGGCCUAUGAGGACAUCAAGAAGCGUCUCCAGGUGGCAGAGAAAGAAAACACGGCCUUGAAAAGGCGGAUAUGGCAGCUGGAGCACCAGGUAAUCCUCUCGGAUCAAGCCGUCUCCGAAGGACCCGCGUAUGUCAACAAGGCCUUCCUGGCAUUCCAGGGAAUCUACGUCGAGAAAGCUGACCUCGAAGUGGAGCUGGAGAAGGUGAAAAUGGAGAAGCUGGCGCUGGAGCAGAGCCUGACGGAGCAGCUGCAAGUGAAGGAAGUGGAGCUGCUGCAGCUGCGCUCGGAGGUGGACACUCAUCAAGUGAUGACCAAGCUGAGUGUGGCGCCGGACCCCGAAGUGAGCAGCGAAGUGAAGGUCCACGCCCUGGAGCAGCAGCUCGACAUUCUCCGAGCAGAGUGCAGCCGACUCCGGCAGAAAGCCGAGGUAAUCCACGGAAGUGACGAGAAGCCAGAGGGCACCGUGGAGGACGCUGGGAUGGCAUCACUGCUACAGGCCUACCGGGACCUCCGGAGUGAGAUGGCACACUUGUAUGCCGUGACUGAGCAGCAGUCAGCCGUGGUGAGGAAGCUGAGGGGCGAGGGGCACGGAGCAGAUGGCAGCAGAGCCUACUCGUUUCCUGUCCAGUGCCUCGACGACGUCGAAGGGGAUGGCAGGCGACUCCCGACGGCCGCACUGAGACCCUUGGGCUCCUCCUUUGAGCCGCUGGCCCAGUCCGCCUGGGCCCACCGAAGGUUAAGUCCGGUGGGCAGCCCCAGUGCCCAGGAGCACCAGCCGUAUGCCAGAGACGCUUUAGAGGAGAGACCACCGAGGCCCAGCGACGUGCGCUUCUGGGAGGACACGAGGGGUCUUGCGCCACGGUGUGACCAUGCCACGUACCCACAGGACCCCUUCUGAAGGACGCCAUUGUGUUUCCAGCUCUGGGCAGACCCCAGGGGCACCAAAGCGUCGUGCUUGAGAUGCCCGCUCCUGAGGGACAUUCCAGGGGUCUCCACUUGGUGACUUUCCUCCUUUCCUUCUUUUGCAGGAUAUAAAAUUAGAGAAAGAACAAA